ACCUGGGGGGGCGAGAGUCACGCUACGAGUUUCAGUAGGACGUGCGCUGAAUCUACGGCAGCCGAACACGACCUCUCAAACAAACAUAAAAGAACAACAACUGUUUACUCUUUGGGGUUUGUAGUUUCAGAAAGACAACGCGCUUUUCAACAAGAGCUAGAGGACAAAGAAGGAAAACAGGAAGGAUUUUAACCCUCAGCAGCACUGCGUGGAUUUUUAUUCGUUAAAUAACAAAGAGUCACACCUCUCUGAGGAGGACGGUGCAGCUGUACUUUUAAAAAAAAAACAAAAAAAAAAAAACUUUUUUAAGGGAUUUUAAACUUGGUUAUUUAUUUAUUUUUUUUAAAGAUGGGGUCGGUGGUAGAAUUUCACACGGAGCAGGACAGGAACGGGAGGCACGAGAGAGUCACUUUCCUGACGGAGAAAGACAAGAUGGCAUCCCGGAAGACGCACUCACUGUUGCUCACCAUGCUGGUGAUCCUCUGCUUCCUCGUCCUGGCUGGAGUAGCAGCUUUCUUGAUCUGGUACUUUGCAGUCAGGCCCAGUGAAGGAAGAGGGAAUCCUCAAGUCGCCCCCACCAAGGGUAACUCUGUUCCCUCUGAUCAGGUGCGGGUGUACAGCGGGCACCUGAUCCUCGACGAUGUCGAAUACACAGACAGCCUGGGGAGCCCCAGAACACAGGGCUUCAGAGAGCUGAGCAGGGAUCUGCAGGACCUGCUGCGAGACACGUACUCUAAAGACGCUGCGCUCUUUAAGUAUUACAACACGUCAGUCAUUACUGGAUACAGCGAAGGCAGCGUGGUCGCGUAUCACUGGACGCGCUUCGAUAUCCCCAGCUCGGACUCCGAGGUCCUGUCCAAGUUCACAGACAGUCGGGUGACCGGGCUGUUGAGGAGCCUGAUUAGGCAGGGAGGCAUGAGAUCGGGGCUCAGCUUCACCGUGCGCUCCAUCACCGCGUCGCUUACCGACCCCAGGAUGACAAACACUCCCGACUCCUGUUUGUACUCGUUGCGGGCGACCGGCUCCAAACAGAGCUUCACCUCGCCCGGCUACCCCUCACCCGGUUACCCCAACAAGCCCCACUGCCAGUGGCAGAUCCGCGCCUCCAAGGGCAAAGCCAUCCAGCUGUUCUUCCCCGACUUCGACGUGGAGGACAACUGCGCCGACGACUUCGUCUCCAUCUACGACUCUCUGAGCCCGGAGGAGAAGCACCAGCUGACUCAGCAGUGUGGGAAUCGCCCGCCUACCAAUAACCUGGAGGUGGUGUCGUCGGGGAACGUCAUGCUGGUCAGCUUCAUUUCAGACAGCAGCUCCCAGCACCCAGGCUUCAGUGCGGAGUACAUUGAGAUCCCCAGGAACACAGCUUGUGAUCAGGUGUUGACUGGCCAGAGUGGGAACUUCAGCAGUCCACACUACCCCAGCUUCUACCCUCCCAACCUGGACUGCAACUGGACCAUCAAGGUACCAGAGGGCAUGAAAAUCCGUCUCAAGUUCACCAUGUUUCGCAUGAAGGAGCCCAACGUUGACAUAAGUGAUUGUGGAAAGGACUACGUGGAGGUCAAAUCCCAGAAGUACUGUGGUGAACGCUCUCUCCUGGCUCUGGCCAGCACCGAUAACACCAUGGUGGUGAAGUUCCACUCGGACGAGUCCUUCACCGAUAAGGGCUUCCUGGCGGUUUACAAUGCCUACGACCCACAGAACCCCUGCCCCGGUCAGUUUGCCUGCAAUACUGGGCUCUGUAUUAAACCAACGCUGCGCUGCGAUGGCUGGAAUGACUGUGGGGACAUGAGUGACGAAGUGAACUGCAAGUGCGGGGACGAUCAGUUCAAAUGCGACAACGGUCUGUGCAAACCCAAGUACUGGGUGUGCGAUCGGGUCAACGACUGUGGGGACGGCAGCGAUGAGAAGUCCUGCAGCUGUGGUACAGACCAGUGGAAGUGUGAGAACGGACUCUGCAUCGACAAGGACAAAGUGUGCGACGGAACCCAGGACUGCACCGACAGCAGCGAUGAGGCCUCGUGCAGCAAACAAGGGAGCCCAACGGUGGCUUGCACUGACUUCACCUACAAGUGCAAGAAUGGUGCGUGUGUGAGCAAAUUGAACCCGGAGUGUGAUGACAGCCUGGACUGUGCAGACGGGUCUGAUGAACAGGACUGCAACUGCGGGAAGCGACCCUACAAGCACAACCGCAUCGUGGGCGGGACGAACGCGGAUAUCGGGGAGUGGCCGUGGCAGGUCAGCCUCCACUUCAAGACCUCCGGACACACCUGCGGAGCCUCUAUCAUCUCGGAGCGCUGGCUGCUCUCUGCAGCGCACUGCUUCCCCGUCACCAACCCCCAGUAUCGCAGUCCCGGAAGCUGGCUGACGUACAGCGGGCUCCACACGCAGCUCGACUACAGCAGCGCUGAGAGCCGCAAGCUGAAGAGCAUCACCGUGCACCCCGGCUACAACGCCUUCACCUUCGACAACGACGUGGCUGUGCUGGAGCUCAGCGAGCCCCUGGAGUUCAGCAGCACCGUCUACCCGCUCUGCCUGCCCGACGCCACGCACACCUUCCCCGCUGGCAAGAGCUGCUUUGUGACUGGCUGGGGGGCACUCGCAGAGUCCGGGCCUCUUGCUAACAUCCUGCAGAAAGCGGAGGUGAAGAUCAUCAACGACACGGUGUGCGACACCGUGAUGUCAGGGGAGGUCACGUCCAGGAUGCUGUGCAGUGGGUAUCUCACAGGGGGGGUCGACGCCUGCCAGGGAGACUCUGGCGGUCCGCUGGUCUGUCAGGAGAGCAGCGGGAGGUGGUUCCAGUCUGGGAUCGUGAGCUGGGGAGAUGGCUGUGCCCGGAGGAACAAGCCAGGGGUCUACAGCCGUGUCACCAAGCUGCGGGGCUGGAUCAAAGAGCAAACCGGCAUCUGAGCCGAGCAAACCACAGAGGAGCUGGACACACACAGAGAAACUCAUGGGAAUGGACUGAUCACGGAGAGCGGUUUUGAAUCCCUUGCACACUGAUCAUGUUGAGGCAGCCUACCAUGACCUUGCACCCUGUUGACGCUUUUAAUAGCUUUAUUUUUCUAUCUACUCCCCAUUCAUUUAGGUUUCAUCUUCUAAACAGUCCAUCCCCACUGAUCAGAUAUUGCAGGGGUUGUUUUUCCAAGGCUCUGUCCGUUGUUUCAGUAUCGUUUUGUCGGGGUGAGAGUAGAAGGACUGUGGAUGAAGCUGGAUGGACCUGCUGGCUCCAUUCUAUUUAAAGCUGGAUCUGGAUCCUUCACUGAAAGCAGCCCUUCAGAAUGUCACAAGCUGUAUUGCUUCGCUGUCUCUGAAGUGAACGUGCAGACCCCCAGGAUCCCUGCAAGAGACACUCCAGUGUGAAAUACACAUUGAGACUGGAAAGAAUUUUGAUGAAACAGAGCUUGGACUGGUUCAGCAGAGGGCACGGAUUUCUAUCUUUUUUUACAUUAUUUUUAUCCUUGGUCUGAAUUAAAUCUUUAUGGCAGCGCCAUAGCUCUAUUCGAUAAUGGCUAUGGAACCGCCAUCAUUUAAAUUUAAUGCAGGACCUAUUCAAAUGAAGUGUACAAUAAUACCAUGUUGGGUUUUUUUGUUUUUAUAAAAAAUUCUUCUGUAA